GCGCCGGCCGAAGUUCUGAGAUUGCUUCAAUCAUCAGCUGCCGUCGUAGCCGAUGCUAAGACCAUCAAGGACGUGCAGAGCAAUAUUCGUUUGGUGGCUCAGGAGCUUGAGGCAAGAACAGAGCGGUUGGCAUCGUGCUUGUCGGGAAUUACCGGGGACCUAGAUGGAGUGAAGCAUCAAACAGAGAGACUGCUCAAUGCUGCGAGUGAUCAUCAUGUUGCCUUGAACAACGCCAACGGCAAAUUCAAGGAGCUUGGAGAACAGAUCCAGCAGAUAGAGAGUGCAGUUACCCAUAUGUCGAGGCGUCAGGUCGCCUUUGAGUCUACGAUGGAGACUCGGUUGGGUGCCCUUGAGAAUCAGAUUAUACAGUUGCAAACCCAGGCUACCUCAGCGGACGCGCUGAGAGAUGAAGUGGCUUCGAUGAAAGCUGCAUUGUCAAGCCUUGAGCAUCAACAACCCACCAUACAACAAAGCGCGCAGAUCAAGAGUGAAGAGAGUGAGACCCGCAUCCAGCGUAGAAUGGAUGAGAUGGAUGUGUUGUUGAAACAUUUCUUUGAACGUGUGGAUGGGAAUGAGAAACUCUGUGAGAAGCUUAGACAGCGGUCAGAAGAUCUCACCAGCCGGUUUGAAACCUGGCAAACUCACGUUGAUGUGGGGUUUAGCGGGGAGUCCGGAGCUUCAUCGUUUCGUCGUCAACCUCGGAUGCCCCAGCAGAUUGCAGAAGAGGUACAUUAUGAGAGAUUUGAGGAGGCGGCGAAGGCUCAGGAAAUCAUUGAAACUGAAACGCCAAAGCAUCGCACAACAUCAGGCGUCCAGAUGUUCCAGAUGACUCCCCAGCGCGAUGGAGCUGAGGAUCCGUGGCAGAAGGAUGCUGUUGAUGAAUGGCUAGACCAGGAAGAGGACCCUCAGGUUGUGCAGUCAGCAAUCCCGUCGUCCUUGAAGCAACCUGCUCUUGAGAAGGGGACUCCAAAUGAGGCGGUAUCCACUAUUGCAUUGAUGGAGACGGUGAGCGAGGUGCUGAUGCCAGGCGGCAUCACUGAGCAAGCAACUUCCCACGGCAUCAUCUUGCAAGGAGUUGCUUGCUACGCUCAGGAGGUGGAGACUGGCCAAGCAACGCAUGAAAAGAUUGCAAACAAGGGGAAGGGUGCCAAGGGCAAGAGCGGAAAGGAUGGGAAGGAUGCUGGAAAUUCCUCUUCUGAGAAGGGGAAACAAUCUAGCAAGGGUGACGCGAAAGCGACUGCAGAUGUAAAGGCGGCUGAAGAAGCAAAGGCUGAAGCCGCUCAAGAAGCGAAGGCCAAGGCGAAAGCAGAAAAAAGGGCAGCCAAAGCAGCAGCAAAGGCAGCAGCAUCAGCUAAGGCUUCGUCGGUGGUGACAGUUGCUAGCGCGGUUUCAGAGGAAGUCCCAUCGUCGGUUGGUGCGGUAGGGUUGACUUCAUCCCGGUCAACAGCUCCACGCGUCAUGAUGGCACAGAGUCUAGAUUGUGAGAGUGACGAUGUGAGCGGAUCAGAGUCACUUGAAUCAGAGAUUCCUAUGAGGGCUGAGGGUGAUACCCCAGAGUGGUCGGAAGUGGAGCGUGGCGAUUUCUCUAGUGCAGAGCCUUCUUCAGAUGAGGGGGAGGAUGAGGACCAGCAUCGGCAGUUGCAUCCACUUCGUCUAUGGGUGUUAAACUUGACGAUUGAAGAUUUCGUCAUGUGGACGAGAAAAGCAGUAGCGAGAGCAUCCAAGGUUCCAUUCAUUGCAACCCCUCAAGCCACAGCUACAGCAUUUCCCAAAGCAAGAGCAGUGGCGAGAGCACCUCGAGGAGGAGGAGCAACGGUGCCGACAGCUAUGCGGUGUUUGUGCGUAGAGGAAGAGCCGGAUUGGGAACCUCCCAUGUUGGUUGGAGCUAGGGCUGAACCAAUCAUCGCCAGCAGACUUGAGUGCAUUGAUCAUCCAGCUGGAAGUGCAGUGAUCAGUCAGCAGCCGUCGGUGUUGGUGGAUUCGGGUGCUAAUGAGACUAUUCGCCCUUGGCUCGCGGACAUAAAGGAAUGCACCCGCACGGCCGUUGUAACGGCGCGUGGUGAUCGAGUGGCCGCGCUUAGAACCAGAGAUGGAGAGUUGUGCAUCAAGUCCACGGAGGAUAGCAGGGACUGGCUGUUGAGUGUUCGUCGACUCGUAGAAGCUGGUGGAACCUUCAAGUGGGAUCGAGAGGCAGCCACGGUAUCUUAUCUUGACAGUCAAGGGCAUGAGCAACGUGUGGAUUGCAGGAUUCAGAAUGGAUUGCCUUUCCUGGAUUGGGAAGAGCUUCAAGCCAAUUCGGAUCAU